CACAAAUUCACACAUCUCGAUUUUCGAACGCGAAUGGGGAUCAUUCAAGAUACGAUGGUUGCUGGAGAGAGCCUAUCGAUUGACCCUUUUAUAUCUAACUAUCAAGAAAACCUGCUGCCAGCGGCGUUUCAUCUUCCACUCAUUCCCAGCAGCCUUGACCCUCGUCCAGCCAGCAAAUCGGUGCAAAUCAGUGGGGCUUCUGUAGCGGAGGUGACUCGCUAAGAGCCUUGGGCUGAAUCAGAUUUGCUAGCUGGCGGGACCAGUCGGGACAGUGAGACGUCACAGCCGCUAUCCCACAAGGAUACCUACAAGAACUAGGUGCAACACCACGCCAUAGAUGUCCAUUACGUGUAUUUGUUGACUCUUUGUCCUCUUCGGGAAUUGUACAUAUUCUUCUCUAUUCUCUGUCCAAAGUUUCCAACCUUCAUACAUACGAUAUUGUCCUAAAUCGCCAUAAUAUUUUAAUCGGAAGCAUGGCAGAAACGACACCCCUCCCGCCAAAUGAAUCCGUCCACCAAGCCGGUGGCGGCCAGCCGGGCGGCGAAGGUUUGAGCAUCAAGGAAGUCAAAUCUACUACCUUGAAGUAUUUGGAACAAGUUUACACCACGCACGCCUCGGCCAAAGACAAGCAAUGGGACAAAGAGACCAUUGUAGAGUUCCUGCAUCACAGGCAGGCCGAUAAGGUUACAGACCCGUCAUCGGCCCAAAUGGCCGCCAACGAUGCGCUCGACUUAGCCGGCUUCUUACGCUACAUGACAUCUCCGGCGACUAACGCGCUGGCCGCCCCGCUGGAUCAGGACCUGUCAUUUCCUCUGGCUAGCUACUACAUCAGCUCAAGCCACAAUACGUACCUAACAGGCAACCAGUUAAGCAGCGAUUCCGACGCCGAUGCAUAUCGCAGCGUCCUUCUACGUGGUUGUCGAUGUGUCGAGAUCGACGUGUGGAAUGGCGACGACUCCGACGUGGAAUCUUUAGGAAGCAGUUCUGAUAGUUCUAUAGACGAAGAUGCUAAAGAGGUGAAGGCUAUUCGCAAGGCGAGUCGUAGGGAGAAGCUCGCCUCGAAGCUCCCCAGCUCGCUCGCUAGCAAGCUCGAGAAGACAUCAUUGGGCAAACGGAUUACGGGGAAGGAGAAGGAAAAGGAAACCGGAUCAACUAUUGAGAAAACGACUUCCGCGCCGAAAAAAUCAUCAAGCCCACCGCCGGGCGUAGUCGAACCUAGAGUUCUGCACGGCUAUACACUCACCAAGGAAAUCUCUUUCCGAGAGGUUUGUGAGGCAAUUCGGGAGAGUGCGUUUGUGGUUACCGAUUUACCCCUCAUCGUCAGUUUGGAGGUGCAUUGCAGUCAGCAGCAGCAGGAAGCCAUGGUUAAGAUCAUGAAUGAGGUCUGGGACGGUCUACUAUUGCCUCACCCUGACGAUGAUUGCAAGUUCCUUCCCUCCCCGGCCGAUUUACGUCGCAAAAUUCUAGUCAAAGUGAAAUACGCACCACCCGAAGUGCACCUUCCGAGCACUGGCAAAGAUUCUGUGGAGCACCUCCCUCCAGACGUCAAGGGAGAUCCAAAGGCAGAUAUAAAGACCGAUCCCAAGCUCAAGACUGCUACGCAGGAGAAAGUCAAGAAAGCGUCCAAGAUCAUCCAGGCUCUGUCGGCGCUCGGGGUGUACACGCGUGGCGUAUCGUUCAAAUCCCUAUCCCAACCAGAGGCCAAGAUGCCGACACACAUCUUCUCGCUGUCCGAGGGAGGUGUAGCUGAGGUACACGAGACUGAAGCGGCACGGCUAUUCGAACAUAAUCGAGAGUACUUGAUGCGCACGUAUCCAUCAGGCAUGCGUAUUGGCUCCUCGAACCUGGACCCCGAAGUCUUCUGGCGGAAAGGUAUCCAGAUCGUCGCCCUCAAUUGGCAAAAGUGGGAUGAAGGAAUGAUGCUUAACGAGGGUAUGUUCGCUGGAACGGGAGGCUAUAUACUGAAGCCAGAGGGGUACCGCGGGAAGAAGCCAGUCGUCAUCGAGGCUCCAGAGGGUGACGACAAGGACAAGAAAGAGACGAAGGUAGCCCCGGUCCCCGCAUCCGAGACAAUUCUACACCAAACCCUCGAACUCAACAUCACCGUAAUAGCGGCGCAAAACAUACCGCUACCCGAACACGACGACAAGGAAAGUGGGUUUAAGCCGUACGUCAAGAUUGAGCUGCAUACAGAGCCACCGCACGACGAGCACUUAUCCGUAACCCGGUCCAAUUCACACACCACGAAAACCUCAACCAGGGCAAAGGAGGGCGAAUACAAGGCGCGCACGAAGACACAGCGCGGGAUCCACCCAGACUUCAAGUCCGAGACUCUGGAGGUGGCCAAGGGUGUAUCUGGUGUAGUUCCGGAGCUGGCGUUCGUUCGCUUCCUCGUCAAAGACGACGAGAUCGGUCGCGACGACUUAGCCGCAUGGGCGUGUAUCCGGCUCGAUCGUCUAAAGACCGGGUACCGGUUCGUGCACCUUCUAGACAAAGAGGGGAAGCAGAGCGAGGGCGUGAUAUUCGUCAAGAUCGAGAAGAAGCUCGCCUAGGGGGCGGUUUUCGACUGGAGCGACGACGAAUCGGAAGGUGGGAAGAAGCAUCAUCAUCAUUUCGGGGACUGUAAGACAUCGUAGCAUCUGGUAGCGGGGAGGUUGUGUUGGCAAGCGUGCAUGUGCGUAAUGUGCUCGACUUUCAGGUCGGAGAUCGAACUAGGUUAAUGCCUAGUAGUAUUUAUGAUUUUUGGUUCUUUGGUAUCUCAAGAUAAAAACAAGUUGCUGGCACUGGGUAUUAAUUAACCUACCGUUGCCUCUUCAAUGCAACCCACGCCGCAAAUCAGUAUGUACGAAUUUAAAAUUACCUAACUACACGUA